AUGGUUGAUCGGAACAGAUCUUUAUCUUCAGCACUAGACUUGAUCAAGCGUUUUGUAGAGAACUGGUUGCAAGCUAGUAAUGCAUUUGAUCGCGAUGACCUUGCAGCUUUAGUAGAUGCGCUAGACUGCUUAAAGAAGGACGCUCAGCAGAAAUUGUCCAUGAAAGAAGCCACCAAAGCAGGCAUACAAUCCAAUAAACGGCUUGUAAGCACAGGCGGCGCUAACCAAGGGGUGCGGAGGUCUUCCCGUCGCAUUGCAUCCGCUCCUCGGCUUGCUUCAGCAGCUUCACUUUUCGUCAAUGAACACGAGGCAGAGUCUGAGUCUAGUGACGAAGACAAUGGAGCAUCUCCAGAAACAUCUGCCGAAACAAGCUCCGUUGAACAUGCCACGAUGGUUGCAGCUGUGGGAACCUCGUUUGAGAAUGCGUCUUCUUUAGGCGAAAGUCCGAUACCAGACCUUCAUAGGGCCGAGCUAGUGGAAGCGGGACACACUUUUGAGCCAGGAACAUCACCUUCUAUGCUCUGUGCAGCAGCCGUCGUCAAUCACCAAUAUGAGCACACAGCUUCUCAAUCAGCGCCAGCGCUCAGUCUAUCUAAUGCACAACCAUAUCAAUCUCCCUUUAACACAACUUACGGGGUGGUAGAAGGAUUGAGUCACGGCCAACAACAGGCUGGGAUCGAAUCUCCACCUCGUGCUUCUUCCAAUGGGCUACAUCAAGGCCUGGCAGAGCAAGACGCGUCGAUCUCGCAGGCACGUGAAAUGCAUCUCCAAGUUGGCGACGAAGAGGAACUUGGAAUGCACGAUGCAGCCAGUCCACAAUUCUUCAAUGAUGCGUUUGAAGACUUGUUUGGAAGCUCCUUACAGAAUGAGUCGGAGAUGAACUUUACAGACACUUCGGUGGGCUACAUUGACGUCGGAGAGGCUGCAGUGGGCUACAUGGACGUCGAAGAGGCUGCAGUGGGCUACAUGGACGUCGAAGAGGCUAUAGUAGACUGCCAGGAGGAACAUGCGGCUGACCGGCAUCACACACAAAGCUUCGCUCAGGAUCCGAUAUUUCAAAGCUAUCUGGAUUUUGCCUGUCGCUUAAACUUCCAACUUCCACACGAAACGCCAGAACAUACAGACCAGGUAGAAGUUCGAGAACUCCUUUCGCCUCUGGUAGAAGGGACACCCCUUACAUCAAAGCUCCUCCACGGCUUGAUCUACUUAUUGGUUCCCGGUCCGCUUCGUGUACUAGAACUUGACUCCGGAGUAUGUGAUGGGGAACUUUUACCAAAUGAGAGCUUAGUUGACAACUUUGCAUUAAUUUUCUCUCAAAGCACGAAUGGUCUCUGCCUCCUAGUGUUAGGAGAUGCCGAGAAAAAGACAUUAUCAGUUAUGGCGCAUACAGAGAUACAAGCACAAGAGAACGAUAUUUUCGUAGCCAAUCUCGAAGGCUUUGAUUCCGACGCGCUGCAUAAAGUUCUCUGUCAGCGACCUGCUGAGAUCCCCCGUGGGCGUUGUCUAAGAAUCCUACAAUGUGUACACGAGAUAGGUUGUCCCUACAUUCUCGAAUCCCUGAAACUAGCUUUUACCCAAAAACACGAGGGUCAUUCACAGGAAGCCGUACAGCAACCUAUCGUUGAGAAGCUUUUUCACAUUCACCUUUAUUUGGAUCGUCAGGAGACUCAGAACCACCUUCUCGUUGCCAGGAGUCGAUAUGUAAAAUAUUGUUACUUCGAAACAUAUCUUCUAGCUGUUGAAGCACUUCGUAAAGAGAAGCGCGAUGGCACCCGAGAAAACAAGAAGAUAUCAGCUCUGAAAAAAACGACUAGCUUCAAGCUAGGCCUCUGUAAUGAACUACCGCCCACGCCACAUAGUGACGAGAUUCAUCGUAUAUACGAAGAUUUCAGCCCCGUAGAAAAGAAACGAAGGGCUGAGGAUAUGGUUAAAAACGAGAUUUCUAAGAAGGUAGCGAAGGUUUACAGAGUCGAGGAGAAGUGCAUUCGACGUGAUAUCAAUAGGUACAUUAGGGAAGGGAGAGUGCUACACUACAUCUUGCAAGGAGGAGUAGUUUUGAAUCCAAGCUUACUUCUUCUGUUUCCAAGUUUUGGGACUAACCCGCCUUCUUUAAGUACAGCUAGGCUUGGAAUUGAGCUAAAAGAGGCUGAGGAAAAGAGUCUGAACAAACCUAUCGAGGCAAUUUGGUUCGGUAAAGUUCUACAGGCUAGGCCAGGGCUACUAGAGGUGGUACCAAAAACAAUCCUAGAUCUAAUUUCUGAUAGCCCUACCGAAGCUCUGGAUCUUCACGAGCUAGAUGCGAAUCGUUUCAGAGAUAGGCCUCUUAGUUUCUUUAUGAAACCCGAUUCUGUCAGCCGUGAGGCUAACCAGGACAUGUGGUCUUGCUUGGGUGCUAUAAAAAUCAACCAGGCGAACUUGCUUGUGUUCUGGGAAAGCUCGUGGCAUUCGGCACCAGAAUACCAUGCACUUAGUGCAAGUGGACACAAAGGAUGGCUUGUUCAUGCCCGAAGCGAUGACAUGCUACUCAUUGCUUGGGAGCCUACUAUCGAAAAGAGAUCGUCUCAACGCUCGCCUCUCAGUCUUCUGUACGAACCUGCCGUGGAAAUUCGAAAGAACCGACCUGGCCUUCUCGGAUUCGUUGCGACCAAAACUAUACUUGACGCUUCAAGGUCAGGGAAACGCCAUCUUGCUUUCUUAGCCUAUUGGAGGGUCACCCCUACAACGAAGGAGCACUUUUUGCAUCUUGAAAAAACAUUUUCCACCCACAGAGGUCAUAUUGUAUACGAAGAGGGUGACAGAGUUUGGGUCCAAUGGGAACCUACAUGGGUACUCUACAAAGAUCUAGACGGGAAAAAGCAAACGCAGCUCCUACGGUUGUCUCGUGAUCCUGAAAAACUGCUACGUUACUUCCACAAAGCAGUGGUUGCUUAUUCUACACUCCCCAUGGUUGAGAAGCGGAUCAGAUAG